CCUCAGUAGCAGUCUCGCUGCAGAGGGACUAGGCGGUCAAUGUUAUUUUCUGCGUUCCAAAACGUUACGUUUUUUUUUUAUUAUAACACAGUGGCAGCGGCCAUGGUACUCAGGCAGUUACCGACUCGGCUAACGCUCUCUCUCUCCUGGGGUGAGGUACUACAAUGCUGGUGCGGUCACUCAUACCCCCAGGAAUCGGUCUUCGCACCGUCGACGAGUUCCAUCGAGAUGUGGCGCCUCUGUGCACGGGACCUUCUAUGGAGCCCACAAUUUACAGCAAUGACAUCCUCUUGACUGAACACAUCACACCUCGUCUUCUAAAAUCAAAAAAAGGUGAUAUUGUUAUAGCUAAAUGUCCGUCGAACCCACGUCAGCACAUUUGUAAGAGAAUUAAAGCUGUGGAGGGUGAGAAGGUCUGCUAUGGAUUCACCACAUACGUAAUUCCACAAGGACAUAUAUGGUUAGAAGGUGACAACAGCAGUAACUCAGCGGAUUCUAGGCAAUAUGGACCUGUUCCUCAGGGGCUAGUUCGCGCUCGAGCUAUUUGCAAGGUCUGGCCACCCAACGAUAUCACAUUACUCACCACAAAGUGCGUCAAUCCCGACUGAUUCUUCGUCGAAAUUAUAAAAUAUAAAAAAACGAAAAUUGUUGGUCAUCAAAAUGUAUAUAUUACUAUAAGUCGUGAUAAUUAUUUUCGUUGAAAAUCAAUAAAAUGUUUAUAAUUGCA